AUGACAGAGAAUAGACAACAAGUUUCAGACACUAUAGGACAAUUGAUAAUUAAUUCUUUGUUUCCUGAAGGAAAUGAAAGUCAAACAUCACAAGCAUUAUUGGCUUAUAUAAAAAUAACAGAAGAUGGUACUGGAAAUACCGUGACUUCACCUUCUGUCAAUGAUCCUUCAACAGGGAAAGGAAUCAAAGGAGAAGUCAAGAUUAGAUAUUUGUUAGCCUCAAUCAAACGUAGUGGGAAACUUAGUGGGAAACUUUUUCUUCAUAAAUCAAAAAUGAAUAGCAAUGAUACUUUUUCCAUUGUCAAUAUCGAUGAUACUAUCGUACCAGAUUAUAAACCAUCAUCUACACCAAGCACUCCAUCUAAACCGCAAACUGCUCCAAGCACACCGUCCAAAACACCAAUCACUCCAAACACACCAUCAAAUGAGUUUGAUAAUUACGUUGCGGCAGCUUCUUUAAAAGAUAGGUUGGCACAUUCAAACAAAUCUAAUUCAAGUUUAAAAAGUAUUGGAGGCAAAAAUAGUAGAUCAAUUACACCUUCGUUAUCCAUGGGUGGUGGUCAAAGUGAUUCAAAUAGUAUAACAAAUCAAACUGAUGAAGAUGAUGAGUUACUUAAUGACUUUGAUUGGAAAGGAAGUGGAAAUGCUGAAGCCUUGGAAGAAAGAUUAUUAAAUGAAUUGGCUGCAUUGGAAUCUGCAAAUAUACAUGCAAUGAUAGAAUCAGAUGAUAGAAUUUAUGCAGUUAUUGAACAAAUUGAUUAUGCUAUUUCAGAAUUGGAUAAUAUGGAUCAAUGGCUAACAUUAUAUACAGAUGAAUUGAAUAGUAUGGGUGAUGAUAUUCAUCAUAUUGAAGGUCAAAAUAGAGGCUUACAAGUACAAACAGCUAAUCAAAAGGCUUUACUCUCUGAACUUGACAGACUUCUUCAAUCCAUAACGAUAUCUGAUAAAGUGAUCAAAAUAUUAAAACAUGAAUCGAUGGAUACACCUCAAGGUGUACAAAAUAUCGAACAAGCCGCUACACACUUAAAACGUGUAUUAGAAACUCCAUUUGAUGAUGCAACUAAAGACAUGGCAGCUGUAAAAGAAUUAAUGAAAUCCUAUGAAUAUCAUUGUAAUAAUUUUUGUUCUCGUUUUUAUGAAUAUAUGAGAGUUAUGUUUCAAUAUCAGGCAGAGACUUUGCUAAAUGAUAAAAGUAGAGGACCACGACACAAUAAUCUCACUAUCCAAAGUCAUCAGGCAUUAGAAGAACAUUUAUUAAAAUAUCGUGGAAUUUCCUUAUGGAUGAAACAAAUGGAUCCUAGACGUCAUACUGAAAUUCAAACAUUAUAUGUGCUUUCUAAAGAACCUAUUUACAAAAAAGAAACCAAAGAAUAUUUAACAACAAUGAAGCAAUUAUUAUUCAAAAGAGAAUUAUCUGAAGAAGCAACUUAUGCAUUACUUCAAAAUAAUCGCACCAGUACGAAUUUUGGAAAUUGGUUGUCAAUAGAUAAUUCAAGGGCACCGUGGGAGUUUAAAGAUGGAGGUGGUGGAAAACUUCCACCUGAAGAAUCAUUUGAUCAUUCUUUACAAACAAUAAUUCCUUUGAUUAUUACCGAGAAAAAUUUUAUAGAAGAUUUUUUUCAUCUUGGAACUAAAAAACCACUUCCAAAAAAUCCACUCGAUGGUGACGCCGAUAUCGAAGAUAUUAAACUUUAUAAAAGAUUAUUUGAACAUAUGGAAAGGUUAUAUAACUUUAUGCCAGAUGAAUUAAAUUCAUUUAUCGAAUAUGGUUGCAAAUAUGAUAAAAUUCAAGUAGUUGGUAUGAUUGUAUCAUUAGAGAAAUUUAUGUACGAAAGUGAUAAAAUCAGACAAGAUUUUGUUGUCAAAAUGUUGGGACACGUUAGAAUUUAUGCUCUUGGGAUUUUUGAAAAAUUUAUUAACGAACAACUUCGAUCAAUUGAAGAAACCAAAGUAACUUCCAAAAAACGUAAAGGAAUAGUAUUAUUUAUUCGUAUAUUUCCAGUAAGUAAAAUAUAUAUUUUUGGUAAAGAAAAACGUUCCGAAAAUUUAGAGAUACGACAAAUUAUUAAUAGAGCAUAUGAAGAGAUUGUGAAAACAAUGUUUGAUUGUCUUGAAGCAAUUGCUAAAGAUACAGAAUCUAUAGAUAAAGAACAAUUGAAUGCUCAUAUAGUAACUUUAGAAAAUAUGCACCACUUUUAUACUGAAAUACGUACUCGUAAGAUUCAUGUGCUUGAUCCUUUCAUGAGAUAUGCUAGAAACUCUUAUGAUAAACAUCUUGAAGCUUAUGCUAAAGCUGUUAUCAGGAGACCUUUAUUAAGAACAACCGCAGCACCUGAGGAAGUAGGAUUUAGAUUACAAUAUAGUAAAGCCGCAUUGAAAAAAGUAAUAUCACAAUUACCUGGAAAAGAGAUCAGGAAAAGCCUUGAAUCAUUGUAUAAGCGCGUUGAUAAACAUUUUACAGAAUAUGAUGAAUUAUUACAAGUUGUAUGGCGUAGUAUAGAAGAAGAAGUAAUCCGUACUUAUGAAAGAUUUACAUUAACCAUCAAUAAAUGUUACCCUGAUUCAAACAUCACUUUGGAAUUUUCAAUGGAUGAUUUAUUAACUUAUUUUUCUGAUAUAGCAAAAAAUCAUUAA